UAUGAAUAUGAAAAAUUCAAAAUUAAUUUAUUUUUGGUUCGCAAUUUUCGUUUUCGUAUUUCAUAACAAAAUAAAAAUAGGUGUUAAGUGGUAUUAAUUAUACAGUUUUAAUUAUUAAAUUAACGUUUGCCAAAGCCGUGUGUAUCAUCGCUACGAAUAAAAAAAAUAAUUUAAUCUAAUGAAUAACAAAUCAAUAAACAUGUAACAAGGUGUAAUUAUAUUAUGUGAAGAUGUUUAGUUGGUAGAGACCAGAGACCACUUUCAAUGAUAGACGAGUGUGUAGCAGUGGAAGAAUUAAAUUAUUAUAAAUAUAUGAAACUUGAAAAAGUACACACAUAAUAAAGUCGUGUAAUGUUGAUUUCGAGAUACGAAACAAGAGUCGAAACUUGAUGGAUAUUCAGAAAAUAAUUAAAACAAAGAAAAUUUAGUCAUAAAAGAAACUCCUAAGUACUUAUAGUAUUUAUAGAACUACUAAUAUCAACUCUAUUGAAACUAGUUGGUACAGAUAAAACCAAAAAUUAAUUAUAUUCUGAGCAACUCAUAGUAGGUUAUAAAUGUAACCUAGAAUCUAAAUAACAAAUGAAUAAAAUACAUAUACAUUCCUCGGAAAUUUAUGAAAACAAUGAGUGUUUAAAUCUUCCAAAAAAUAAUAAUAGAUUUUGAAAUAUCCAUUUAAUUGACACUGGUGAAUAUAACCAUGGCUAAUUGGUACAAAUGACAGCCAUAAAGGCGAAUUGAAUUCAAUAGAUUAUAUGGAACCUGAAAACAAUAUGGUUUAAACAUUGUACAUGCAAUGAUUUCAUAAAUAAAUACCCUGAGGAUUUGUUACCUGUAUUGGAGGAAGAAUUUUCCAUUUUGUACAAUUUGUACAAUUAGUGCCUACCCUAGUCAAAAACCUUGUGCUCAGGUGUAAUAAUGAGAUUACUAAGCAUUAUUCUAACACUAUCAAUAUGUGGAGCAGCAUAUAUGGGGGAUUAUAUAGUUUUUAACUCAAAAUAUUCGUCCAAUCAAAUGUUUCGAGCAUUUGCUGACACAUCAGUGCAUGGGGUUAUCGGUCUUUUGUCAGCAUUGCUGUUUUUCAGCCACGGGAUGAAUGUGACGACCCAGGCGUGGGUCUGUAAUACCCUGAUUUGUUUCUUGGUAUCAGCGUUUAUAGAUAUAGAUCAUGUGAUUGUUGCUAAAUCGUUUAAUUUGAAGGACAUAGCCAAUGUAAACAGGAGAGGGAUGUUCCACGACACGUCAUUUUGUACCAUAAUGUCAUCAAUUCUAUUGGCAUUUAGUCAUUUUACUCGGAAACAGAAUAUAUAUUUACUGACAUAUAUGAUAAUAUUGGCAUUCACAAGCCAUCAUAUAAGGGAUGGGAACAGACGCGGCAUAUGGUUCUAUCCCUACGCACACACACAACCGUUGGGCAAGUGUGUGUAUGUGUUUCUUAUAUGUGUACUGCCCUCGUUUCUUGCGUUUAUUUUUAAUUAUACUAAGCCUGUGUUUAGUCACAGAGUUAUUCAAUAUGGAAUGGUGUAAAUAUAGCUACUUUUUGAAUAUAUUUAUAAAUGAAAU